AUGAUUUCUACCGUCCCUCCACCACGUCCAGUCUCCGUGAACUCGCCGAUACUCCCCUUAUCAUCCCCCGUGCAUUAUCACAACUCGACAAGCAUACCCACAAAAGACGCUUAUCAGACUUAUGAUGACGUCGUCAGUUCAACAUAUUCCCUUACGGCGUCUCUCGACCGUCUCCCUAGCAUGGAUCUUGAAAUGGAAGAUUCUGACGACUCGGUGAUAUUCUCAAACCACGCCAGUCAAUCAGAGAUACAGUUCGAUGAUCUACCGUUCGAAAUCCAUGAAGCCAUCCUAGAUCAUCUAUUUGGCGAGCGGACGUCUGGAUCAGGCAGCAUUGUCCCUGGGCGGCCGGACGCCCGGAGUUGGAUCAGGGCCCUUCGACACCCUAGACGAAAGGCUCUUUCCAAUCUUGCGCUGAUAUCACCUAUAUGGCGAGAUCUCGUACAGGAACGGAUAUACAGACAUAUCAAGGUCAAAGGAACGACAGAAGGCCUCGCCGAAUGCGAAAAUUGGUUUCGGAGCCAUCCUCACCUCGUACGCCACGUUCGACAUAUAGAAUUCUGGAUACCAGUAUGGGGAAACAGGGCCCACAAAAGCGUGGCGCCACACUUGCGCGAAAUACCGCCAAUUCGGCGAUACUUGAACGAAGAAGCGGGGCUGUUCGGACAUAAUAAUGGUUACUUGCAACAACAGAUCGUUGCACCGGACUGGGAUUUGUCGGAUAAUAGAAAUCGCACCCCAAACAACUUCGCAUUCCACGUAGCUAGUCAUAACGCAAGCUUGGAGGACAUAUUUCGACACGUCAAAGAACUCUUCCCGGAGACGAGGAUACUGACUCUCGAGGCUGGACACUGCAAGAAACCUCCCUUGAUGAAACACUUUGCAAAUGACCCAUCAGGUCUAUCAGGGGAAUAUCAACUUGAACAGCUUCCGAAUAUACGAACACUCUUUAUGCGUGGGGCUUGGAACAUCAUGCGCGAUUAUCAACACUGGACGACGAUAUCUGAAGCUCUUCCUUCGUUACGAGAGUGGCAUUGUGCGUAUGCGAAACCCAAGAUAGAAGCCUAUCACACCAUAUGUGGCGCCUUAUCGUCCCUAUCAUCAAGCCUGAUACAUCUGGACAUCAGCCUAGAAGGAUUCACCAGCAAGGACCAGUCAUACUGGUUGGGCGGGAAGAUUGGGCACCAUCAUAUGUGCCGAAUGCUAGGCAGACUUGCACCACAAUUAGAGCAUUUAUCCGUGACCGGCUAUAUUUGUGCAGACCUUUUCAACAUCGCAAGGGCAGUUACCCACGACCGACCACAAGAUGCGCGACUUCGAUCAGUAGAUCUUGUUGUUAAAACAUGCUGCAAGGAUGAGAAGAACGAAUUACUAUCUCCGCUGUUGGAUGAGCCGCCCGGUAUCACCAACAUGGGAUUUGUCGACUCUUUCGAGAAACUGGUAUUGAGCUCAAUCCGCUGUUUGGACACAUAUCUCGAUCUUUCCUACAUCCGCAUCCGCUUUAUCGAUCUUGACUCUCAAUGCGCCGUCCUGAAUCCUUAUUUUCAUCUGGUCGAUAACAAAUGUACCGGAGUAUGGAGCCAUGAUAUCGUCGAGACACUGUCUCAAGUCCGGCCUGCUGCUCACUUUGUUGAACUCGCUGAUGGCAUUUUCACUCAGUACGGCCCAAAUAACGUCAUUAUCGGAGCCGUGUAUCCCCGUACUAGGCCGCUGAGUAUCAACGUCAAUACCUACAAAAUUCUCUCCGAUGCAGCCAAAUCAUGA